ACCGGGAUGAGUUCAAUUGGUAUUUCAAUCGAAGAACUUCUUAAGCACGAGGAUUCAGCUGCGAAGGAGGUGAUUCAAUUUCAAGAGUCAGAAAAGCUUCGACUAUUUGUGAUUGUUUCAGGACACUAUGAUAGGCAGAAGAAUUUUAAGAGGGAGCUCUUGGUUUGUACCGAUACGCCAGAGUUUAUGAAGAACUUUCUUCGGUUCCUAAGCACCAAUGGCACAGAUUUUCCACUCAAAUCUAUGAAUUUAGUGGAUCUGAGGCAUGAGCUAAGAGCCUUCGAGAUCAACAACAUGUCGACAUCAAGGAGAAGCGUCGAGCAGCUCUUGGAUGAAUUUGAUGGUGCAUUAAAGAAAAGAAUAGCAUUCCUUUCAUAAUGGAUGAAAACAUGAAUUCUACAGACAAAUUUUCCAAAGUAAUUUUACGCUUACACCAGAAUAAACCAUGUCUUUUUUU